AUGGUAUGGUACGGUGUGCUUAUGAUAAUUGGUUGGAUGCUGUUGGUAGCAGUGGCUAUUACUGCAGCUCGAUAUCUCAGAAAUCAUUGGUCAAAUAGAAUGCCAUUUGGCUUAAAAAUUUGGUUCCACAUUGGUGCCAUUGCUAUUAUUUUAAUGAUUGCUCAACCACUUGGAUCAUUUCUACGCUGUGAUCAAAGCUCCAAAUAUCGGCCUGUGUUUAAUUGGUCUCAUCGAAUUUCCGGUCUUCUCUCUUUUAUUUUGUCACAAGUUUGUAUUUUGUUAGCUGUAAUUUAUUUCAAAGUUUGGAUUGCUAGAUGGGCUGCUGCAGUCGCCUUCGCUGUUUAUUUGAUUUUUAUAUUAGUUUUAAUUAUUUCGGCACAAAAAAUAAAUUCCCUAAGUAGACAACAACAAUCAUCAGUUGCAUAUGGAAGCAAUGGGCAUUAUAAUGGCGAGCAAGUUACUAUUACAAAGAAUGAGCAUGAUAGCACUGCUAAGAAAAUGAUGGUUUCGCUCAUUUUGGCAUUCACAUUGAUAAUAGCAUUGAUCGUUGUGUUACUAAAAGGCCAAGUGAAAAUGCCUAACGUACUUCAAUAA